AAGAGUCGGGUGGGGGUGGCUCCGGGAGGCGACACUCUGAGGCUGCGUCUCCAGCCCCCAUCCCCCGCCCCCCGCCACUCGGGGGCGGGAGUGAUGGGGUGGGAGUCACCAGAGCGUGACUGCCCGCGGCCCCUCCUGCCGCACCGUGAGAUAAAAGCCUGGUGCGCCCCGCUCUCGGCACCCGGCCCGCCAGCUCCUGCCCUCGGAGACGCGCCCGACAGCAGCACUCGCGCCGCCCGCCACAACCUGCCCGCCGGUCACCAUGCUGAGCAGCAAGCGAUUGGGGCUGUACGGGCUGACCCUCGCCCUGUCCCUGCUCGUGUGCCUGGGCGCACUGGUCGAGGCUUACCCCUCCAAGCCUGACAACCCGGGAGAGGACGCACCGGCGGAAGACAUGGCCAGAUACUACUCAGCGCUGCGGCACUACAUCAACCUCAUCACCAGGCAGAGAUAUGGAAAACGGUCCAGCCCUGAUGCACUGAUUUCAGACCUUUUGAUGAGAGAAAGCACAGAAAAUGUUCCCAGAACUAGGAUGGAAGACCCUUCUAUGUGGUGAUGGAAAAUGAAACCAGCUCUCCAUUCCUAUUUCAUCCUGUGAAACUAGAGUCUGCUGAUCCUCCCAAUGCAUGCGGCCACUGUGCUCCACCCUGCAGCCUCCCUAUGUUGUCCUUGUAUAUAUGUGCAUUUAAAUAAAGUUCCAUGCAUUCAAAA